AUGUUCAACCCAAGGCACGCCAACGGCGAGUUCUUUGGAAGGAGGCAUCAUGGAAGGCGUCCACCGGAUGAAAGCUCCAGCUCAUCAUCGUCCUCUAGCUGUGAGUGCGAAGCUGGCCAUGAUGAAAGGGAGUGCUGUAGACAGGGCCCAGGCCCAUACUGCUGCGACCGCGAGCGCCGCAAAUUCUGGAAACACGGGCCCCCGUUCUCCCACUUUAUUAAGGGCAGGGGACAUCAUGGACCCCACUGUUCAAAAGAAGAGCGCUGGACCGGUCCCAAACCCUGCCCAUUUCUGUCAUCCAAAGAUAUGAAUGAGCUUCCUGUCACCGUUCAUCACGGAAGCAUGCCGAUUGUCGCACGUGGAGUGGUCACGUUUCAUAUUGUAUCAGAAACAAAGCCGUCCAUAACAAUCUCCAAUACCGGCGCCAUCACUGUAGAGGCAGAUGGAAUCAAGCUUCUUAGCGCCUCCCUGAAGGAAAAUUAUCCUGCUGAUAAGGUCGUUGCGUCGUAUGCAAACAAGAUUGUCGUUAUCCGUAUUCCUUGCAACAUAGUCACACCUGAGCCUUCUGUUGAUAUUCCUAUUACGAUUCAGAAGUAA